CUCCCAUUAUCGUUUUCUAGUCUCUACUUUUUUGUACACAGACAAACACCCAGGGAAAACAGCGUAACACAAAAAAUGUCGACUCUCGCGACGAUCCCCUCUGUGUCCGAAGACUGCGAGCAACUCCGAAAAGCCUUCGAAGGAUGGGGAACAAAUGAGAAGUUGAUUGUCUCCAUCUUGGGUCAUAGAAAUGCUGCUCAAAGAAAGUUGAUCCGACAAACUUAUGCUGAAACUUAUGGAGAAGAUCUCCUCAAGGCAUUGGAUAAAGAACUCACACAUGACUUUGAGAGGGCGGUGUUGCUUUGGGCACUUGAGCCUGCUGAACGUGACGCGCUUUUGGCCAAUGAAGCAACAAAGAGGUGGACUUCAAGCAAUCAGGUUCUUAUGGAAAUAGCCUGCACAAGAUCUUCACAUGAUCUACUUCUGGCUAGGCAGGCUUAUCAUGCUCGUUAUAAGAAGUCCCUUGAAGAAGAUGUUGCAUACCACACAACUGGGGACUUCCGCAAGCUUUUGGUUCCUCUUGUAAGUGCAUACCGAUAUGAGGGAGAUGAGGUCAAUAUGACUCUGGCAAAAUCAGAGGCUAAAUUACUGCAUGAAAAUAUUUCAAAGAAGGCUUACAACGAUGAGGAUCUUAUCAGGAUUUUGACCACUAGGAGCAAAGCACAGAUCAAUGCUACUCUGAAUCACUAUAAAAAUGAAUUUAAAAAUGACAUUGAAAAGGAUCUCGAGGCUGACCCUAAGGAUGAGUUCCUCUCAAUCCUGAGGGCCACAAUUAAGUGCUUGACUCGUUCUGAGGAGUAUUUUGAGAAGGUUCUUCGUCUUGCAAUCAACAAACAAGGAACAGAUGAAGGAGCUCUCACUAGGGUUGUCACUACAAGGGCCGAGAUUGACAUGAAGAUUAUAAAGGAUGAAUACCACAAAAGAAACAGUGUCCCUCUAGACCAUGCCAUUGCCAAGGACACUCGUGGAGACUAUGAAGACUUGCUACUGGCACUGAUAGGGCAUCGGGACUCUUGAGCUGUUAAGUCUCUGUUUCAUAAAGACCUAAUUUUGGCUGAGCCAAAUAUUUUAAUGUUAUGUUUUGCAGUGAGUGUUGUGUUUAAGAUUGUCGUAUAUCCUGUUAUAUGGUUGUGUCUGCCUUUGAAAACUUUAAAUGUUAUUAUCUUAUAAUUAUAUAAGAUAUGGACCAUAUGGUACAAGUUGCUUUGAAUAAAAUUGCAGUUUUUAUUAUUAUCAUUA